AUGCCUCUGCCUUCGAGCGUCCAGCGAUCAAAACCCGCUGAACAUGCUCAGGGAGAGUCGAAUAUUGCGUCGCGGCGAGCCAAAGCGGAGGCGCGCAAGUACCCCGAACGUCCAGAAGUGCCAGCAGCCGAUGUCCUGCACAAGGACGUAUAUUUAGAUGGGAAAAUACCCUGUAAGCCGAUUGACAUUCCACCUUGUACAAGCGAAGAAGAUGAGCAUGCGCUUUGCAAUGCACCUGAGCAACCCCCUGUCACCAAAGCGUCGCUGCGCGAGUUAGAUCUUAUGUUGAUUCAAUCCAACAUCAAUCUGCGGGUUGACAUCAACUAUGACCAUGAUUUACACUUCACCCCCGUAUCAGGUCAGAAAGGCGAGAAGAAAAAGUUGGAGGCUCUUUUGUAUUGGCAAAGUCUUGUGGCCGAGUUUCGGAUAACGUAUCACAACAACUUCGUUACGAGCUGUAUUGAAUGUAAAAGGAGAUUUGUUCGAGGUCGGGGUGCUCAAAGUAACUUUCACCCAAGACUUCCAGGUUUAUUCUUCAACCUUAAGGAACUGUUGACUAUCUUAGUCCCGGACAGAGAUGCAGACCAGAUUGCGCAGUUCCUGGACAUCCCGCUGCUCGUGCAAGAGGCCUCUCAUUCCAUGUUGGAUGUAGUUCGCCUGGGUCGGUGGUUGUGUGAACUACUGACCACACAUUGCGCGCCAAUGCGCGAUGGGUCUGCCCUGGAGAUGGCGGAAAAGAUCAGAGAGGGUGCGGAGACAGGAGACAUGACUGCUCUCGUGGAUGGCAUUAAGAAACUCUUCGAUUUCUUGGAAGCCAUGAAGCUGGAUGUCGCAAACCAUCAAAUUCGCAGCUUUCGCUUCCAUCUCAUUGAAGAUACCGUCCCAUUUCAGAAGGAUCACUUUCGCAUUCGGAUUCAAAACAACAAAUUCAAUGUCGACGCUCCACGAGAAUGGUUCCUCCAAAACGUCAAAGGCCAUGAAGAAUGCCAGGGGGGUGGGAAACUUCCUACCAAGUCACCAUUGGCUGCGUUGCUCCACGGCCUCGUUCAGAUCUGUGUGUCCAACGGUCCAAAUUUUCCAGAGACUCUAAAGCACGAUGUAUGCCGUCUCCAGAACAAACGUGAUCAGAUACAAGACAUCAUUCACAUUGAUAUAUGCCUCUCAGUGUUUGACCACCAGAUCCUCCGGCUGGUGGGACAUAGAUUCGACCCAGCUAGCCUACACCCGCUCUUGGAGACUCGGAUCAAAGAGCUGCAAACUCGAAUACUGGACUUGACUGAUGGACAUAUGCGCCCGAACCAGACCAUGGCGGAGAUGUGGUCCCAGCACGACGGUGAGAUCGCAUUGGAGCUCACGAAUGCGGCCUUCAGCGUAUGCAAACGCGUUGGGUGUGUUCUUCCGGCCUCUGAAGUUGAAACCACCAGGAAACAGCUGGCGUUCGAAUUCGCAGAGGAACGACAACACGCCCGACGCGCGCAACUCCUCGCCCAGGCCCUAGAACGAGGAGCACAAACAUAUGCCCAUGCGUUCCAAAGUAUGACCACUCUGGCCAUCUCGGAAGCGCAGAAACGAGAUCAUCAUGCUCGACAUCAACCCCAGCAUGAAAAUCAACAGUGGCGACAGAUGCCAAGUCUGGAGGAUAUGGCAAGAAAGCUGGCGCAUGUUGCAGUUAUUCAUAUGCGAGUCUGGUGGGAUUUGGUGUAUUUGCCCGAUGAGGCUGAACCAGGGAUUGGCGUUGAGGUCAAAGAAGAAGAUAUGCAUGAUGAAGAUUUUGUUUGA